AUGUACACUGAAGUGCACAGAGUUUUACUUACCUAUAUCAGAUCUGUCAAAUCAGUCAAGCUACAGGACCUUCUUGACGCAUUUGUCUUGAUUUGCCAGCGGUUGGGCGUCGAAGAAGAGCCAACCUUAAACCUACUCAACCAAUACAUUGCUGAUAUCAAUAUUCAGAUAUCUCAACAGGGGUUCAAGAUAGAGCGGAAAAAUGACGAGAAUGAUGGGUCUACAUAUUUCAUAUUUAUCAACACCAUAGUUGACGAAAUCAUGAAGGAAAGUUCGAUGUACACGACAUCAGAGCUUGUUUCCAUAAGGGGAAUCAUUGAAGAUAUAAUUGAUGCUAGAAAUUUUGCAUUUUCAACCACUAGAACUCAAGCACAACAAAUCAUCAGUGCACAUCAGAAUAAAGGUAUAAAAGACUCGGCUGCAUUUGUCGACAAGUUGAUUGACGAUGGGUGGUUUGAUGCAACUUUGAAUGAUCAUUUGAUACUAUCCGUCAAGAGUCUUUGCGAAUUGAAACAGUAUUUAAUUGAUGGGUACGGGACAAGUGAGGAUGAAGAUGAUGGGAAGCUACUUCUUUGUCGACAAUGCAAAGAGAUUGUGACUAUGGGCCUUCUUACGCUGGAAAAGAUCCCCUUCCACAGAAAAUGUUAUGAAGUUUACUGCAGGAAUAAUAAUAAUAAUAAUAAUAAUGAUUUGCAACCUACAGAACAAGGACAGAUAAGAGUGGGUCCCGAUCCAAGCACUCUAUAA